GCAGCCGUCAUGACGUAUUGUUGGUGUUUUUUUGUGGACAUUACUCGGACAUGAACGCGAUGUAAUCAGUUCUCGGUACAAACUCGCGUGGUCACCUCGUUACUAUGUUGAUUUUUUACCGAUCAAUCUAAUCGAUUCACAGAUCCGAGUGGGUCGCGGGCCGGUUCGGUCGAGAGCACAGCUUCAGUUCUACUUUUGAAUUUUGUUCUGAUUUAUUGAUAAAAAUAAUAAUAUCGUGUUGUAGUUUAAGAUUGCGGAUGUUUUGCGCGUAGUGCGUAUGUCAUUAUUUAAUUGUUGUGUCGGGGAUCCUGAAGGAUCAGAAGAGAAAGUGAAUAUGGCUAAAGUCAAUGGACAUCAUACGGAAGAGUCGUGUCCGUUUAUUGGUGAUAGUGUUAAGGAGAACCACAAACCUGUGAAACCAAACUUGCGCGUUAAAGUUCCACAGCCUUUGAGACUGAAAAACUAUCUGGAGGAAGAAGAAAACUUUGAUACUCUACAUUCACGUUUGGAUGAACUGACUAAUUUUAACACAAAAUGUACAGAGAAAGUCUGCCUGGCGAGUGCAAUGGACAUUCCCGGUCGAGGGGACACACCACGAUCCACAGAAGAAGUAUAUAGCGACGCUGAGAUUUUCCUCAAAGAGUACUAUACUUCUAUACGAAGAGAAAACUCUGAAGCCUAUACGGAGAGACUCAAAGCGGUGAAGGCAGAGUUAAAGGAGAGGGGCACAUACCAGCUGAAGACCUCAGAACUGGCGUUUGGCGCCAAACAAGCGUGGAGGAACGCUUCCAGGUGUAUCGGGAGGAUACAAUGGAAGAAGUUGCAGAUAUUCGAUUGCAGAGAGGUAACAACCGCUAGCGGGAUGUUUGAGGCGCUCUGUAAUCACAUCAAGUACGCUACGAAUAAAGGAAAUAUCAGGUCAGCAAUAACAAUAUUUCCACAAAGGACAGACGGGAGCCACGACUACAGAAUCUGGAACUCUCAGCUGAUCAGCUAUGCGGGGUACUUGCAACCUGAUGGCAGUGUCUUGGGGGACCCCGCCAGGGUUGAGUUUACUGAGAUUUGCGUCAAAUUAGGAUGGAAACCACCACGGACCGCCUGGGACAUUCUUCCCCUGGUGUUGUCUGCCGAUGGAAGGGAUCCGGAGUACUUCGAAAUACCCAGAGAAAUUGUUAUGGAGGUCAAAAUAGAACAUCCUACAUACGAUUGGUUCAAAGAGCUAGGUCUGCGCUGGUACGCGGUGCCUUGUGUGUCGAACAUGAAGAUGGACUGCGGAGGAUUGGAGUUCACUGGCACUGCCUUCAACGGGUGGUACAUGGGCACUGAGAUCGGCUGCCGAAACCUUAGCGAUUCUAAUCGGUUGAAUUGUGUCGAGGCGGUGGCAAAUAAAAUGGGCCUUGACACAAACUCAUAUGCAUCCCUAUGGAAAGACAAAGCGUUAGUGGAGAUAAACAUAGCCGUGUUGCAUAGUUUCCACAGAGAUAAUGCCUCUAUUGUCGACCACCACUCUGCCUCGGAACAGUUCAUAAAGCAUUUGGACAACGAAAACAAAAGCAGAGGAGGCUGUCCGUCUGACUGGGUUUGGAUCGUGCCGCCAAUGUCAUCGUCUCUCACCUCUGUGUUUCAUCAAGAAAUGCUCCAGUACAAUCUUAGACCUUCAUACGAUUAUCAGGAAGCCGCCUGGAAGACCCACAAAUGGCGGAACCCAGACGGCAACAAGCCCGUCCACAGAAAGUUUCAUUUCAAGCAGAUCGCCAGAGCAGUCAAGUUUACUUCCAAACUGUUCGGCAGGGCGCUCUCCAAACGCAUCAAGGCUACUAUUCUAUUCGCCACCGAGACAGGCAAAUCUGAACAGUACGCUAAAGAGUUAGGGUCUAUUUUCGGACACGCCUUCAAUGCACAGGUACAUAGCAUGGCAGAUUAUGAUGUUUUCUCCAUAGAACAUGAGACUUUGGUUUUGAUAGUUACUUCAACGUUUGGGAAUGGAGAACCACCGGCUAACGGAGUAGAGUUCGCUGAACAACUUUUUAAAAUGUUGUAUAAUGAAAAGAAAGGACGUGAUUUCAGUGAUUUUAAUUCUGGAAAUUUUAAGAUACCAACACCCAAAUCACUAAUGAGAACAAAUAGUUCGAUGUCUCCAACUAUAGAAUUUGGCAGGCAGCUCUCAAGGCUAGAAUCUAAUAAAAGUUCCGUGGCGGGAUCAUCAACAGUGGAACACAUAGGAUCACUCAGUAACGUUUGCUACGCAGUUUUUGCUUUAGGCUCAAGUGCUUAUCCAAAAUUUUGCAAUUUUGGAAAAACUAUGGACAAAAUACUUGCGGACUUAGGAGGAGAGAGAAUACUAGAACUGGCAUGUGGAGAUGAAAUGUACGGGCAAGAGCAACAAUUCCGCGCUUGGUCGUCCAAUGUAUUCCACGUUGCUUGUGAAACAUUCUGUUUAGAUGAAAACGAAGCAGUCAAAGAUGCUAAGAAAGCACUAGGUACAUUACCUCUGACUGAAGAAACAGUACGAUUAGGAAGACCAAGUAAAGUUGUACCCAUAAAAGCUGCGCUCGAAGCAGGAUUUAGAAAAAACUUAGUCACUUGUAAAGUUGAGGAGAAUAAAAUUUUGGGUGACUACACUGCAGACCGAGCUACUAUUUUUGUGAAUAUGAAACCAGAACAUGAUCUAAAAUAUGAGCCUGGAGACCACGUAGGUGUGAUGGCAUGUAAUCGAAAGGAAAUAGUAGAUGCUGUAUUAAAAAGACUGAAAGACGUAACGGAUUGUGAUAAGCUUGUACAAUUAGAAGUUAUGAAAGAAACACUCACACCGACUGGUGCAGUUAAAACGUGGGAAAAGCACGAACGUAUACCAACAGUUUCUAUAAGAGAUAUAUUUAGCAGAUUUCUGGAUAUAACCACACCGCCUUCGACAAAAAUUUUGAAAUACUUAGCUGAUUGUUGCAGUAAUAAAGAUGAAAAAGAAGAAUUAAGGACCUUAGCUACGGAUUCAAAUGCGUAUGAUGAUUGGAGGCAUUACUUCUUCCCUCACUUAGCAGAAGUCUUGGCUCAGUUUCCAUCGUGUCGACCAUCACCAUCUUUGUUGGCAGCAUUAUUACCAACACUACAACCUAGAUUCUAUUCAAUUUCAUCCUCGCCGCUAGCUCAUCAACAGCAGAUACACGUUACUGUUGCUAUUGUGGUCUACAAAACUAAAAAUGGUGAAGGACCAACACAUUAUGGAGUGUGCUCAAAUUACUUAAAAAAUUUGAAACCAGACGACGAAGUUAUAGUAUUUAUUAGAAAAGCACCUAACUUCCACAUGCCUAAAGAUUUAUCGCAACCGCUUAUUCUUGUGGGACCUGGUUCUGGCAUUGCACCUUUUAGAGGUUUUUGGCAUCAUAGGAGAGAAGAAAUAAAAAAUAUAGGGAAGAAUGGUAGUACGGCAAAAUCAGGACCUAUUUAUCUAUUCUUCGGCUGUAGGAACAAAGGAAUGGAUUUGUAUAAAGAAGAGAAAGAGAAAACUGUUGAAGAUGGUGUUUUGACUAAAGUUUAUUUAGCUUUAUCUAGGGAAGAAAAGGUAGAAAAGAAACAUGUCCAAACUCUAUUAGAAGAAGAAGGUGCAGAAGUAACACGAAGGCUGGUCGAUGAAGAUGGACACUUUUAUGUCUGUGGUGAUUGCAAAAUGGCGGAGGAAGUACAACAAAAACUAAAACUCAUAAUCAAGAAACAUGCCAAUAUGUCAGACGAGGAAGUAGAAGAUUUUAUGCUUGAACUAAUGGACGAAAAUCGCUACCAUGAAGACAUUUUCGGCAUCACAUUACGCACAGCUGAAGUGCACAGCGCGUCCAGAGAAUGCGCCAAGCGGACUCGAGCAGAAUCAUUGAAAUCUCAAGCCUGAACUAGUUUUCUAUAACUUGACCCGGUGACCUAACUGAGCGACAAACGCGGCAAGGCAUGUUGCGUGAUGCAUCAAUAUCUUAUCAAUAUUUAAUGUAUGAAAUUACGGCCCGUAGCGUAACUUCUCACUGUUGUCGUACCUAUAGUGUAUAAUCGCGUCGUGCACCAUUUCCUCGCUUGCCUAGAAUGCUGGGUUACGAAGAUUGGACUAGAAAAUAUUAGUUUAAGAAGAAUUACACUUAUAACGUAAAACUUUAUCAUUUAUUGUUUAAUUGAAUAAAAUUUGGAGAUCUGAUUUACUUAUACUAAAAUGCACUGCAAUUCUCUUGUAUUGCAAAUGCAAAUAGAAUAAGAUUAAAAUCGGUAUAAGUUUAUACGAUUCGUAGUUAAUAUUGUUUACUAAAAUACUUAUCUGAUUAUAGAACGAUGCACUUUUACUUCAAAUGUUAUAUACGGUUGUUUGCAUUUGAUCCGUAAAAAGUUAUCCGCCUAAGAAUAAAAAUAAAAGUAAUACUUAAAUUUGAUUUGCACAAUAAGUUGUAAAAUUAAAAAUAACACAUCUAUCUGAUCCACAUAAUUGGACAUAUUGCAUGAAAAGAAAACUUUUUGAUUUUUGUAAUAACUUUGCUGAUCAGUGUUUAAGUUAUUAAUUUGUAAAAUUUUGUUAAAUCCUAUUUAUCUCUAACAUUUGAUUAGGAAUAUAUUAUUAUUUGACGCUUAACAACAAUAAGCAUUUAAUUUAUAAUAAUAGGCAUUAAGACGUACGUUUAAUAUUAAGUCUCUAAUGAAGAUAAAAAAUAUUGAAUAUGUAGUGAACUAUGCAAUAAUAACUAAGUUUAUAAAAUAAGUAAACAUUUCUAAGCACGGUUUCCUUAACAUUUAUCUGAAGCCUGAAUAUAUUAGGUAACAAUUCUAAACACCAAAUAAAAUA